AUGGCUGACGACGCCGCUGCUCCCGUGGUGACACCCGCGAAGAAGGGACGCAAGCCCAAGGAGGGAGGUGCGAAGAAGAAGGCCAGCAAGCCGUCACACCCGCCCACGUUGGAGAUGAUCGCCAAGGCGAUCUCUGCCGAGAAGGAUCCCAAGGGCGUCUCAGUGAUGGCAAUCAAGAAGUACAUUCUGGCGCAGUACAAGGUGCAGCCGGUAAUGUUGCGGCACAUGCUGCGGCGCGCCUUCGAGGCCGGUCUCGCCUCCGGCAAGCUAACCCGGCCCAAGGGUCAAGCCGAGGCCCGUCUGCUUUCCGGCCGGUACCGCCUGGCUUCCAAGGAGAAGGCCGGAGCCGCAGCCGCCGCGCCCAAGCCCAAGAAGGUCAAGUCGCCAGCCAAGAAGGCGGCCGUGAAGAAGGUCAAGAAGGCGAAGACGCCGAAGAAGAAGGCUGCACCGGCCGCCGCCAAGAAGGCGAAGUCUCCAAAGAAGGUCAAGAAAACCCCGAAGAAGCCCGCCGCCAAGAAGGCUCCGGCGAAGAAGAAGAGCCCCAAGAAGGCAGCGAAGAAGGCGUAA